AUGAUUAAUUAUUCUUAUUCAUUAAAAUAUAAUUUAUUAAUUAUAUUUUUAAUAAGUUUGUUGGUUAUUGAGUCGAGUUAUGGAUCGACGAGUGUAGCGAGAGUCAAUGCGGGCAAGCAGGCGACGUUGCUCUGUCAGAGUAAUGAUGAUAAUCAUCGAUUUAUGUUCUGGAAAGUAAUUGACAAUCAUAAUAAUAUUGUUGGGCCAAAUAGUUCUUAUGAUAAUGAUAAAUAUAACUAUGAAGUCCUAACUGGUAAAUUGUAUAUAUGGAGCGUAUCGACACGUGAGUCAGGUUUUUAUCACUGUAUAUCUCGCAGUAUUGAGAAUCAUUCAAAGUUCAAUGUCCACACUAUCGAAUUAAUUGUCAACAAAAAUGACUACUACUGGGAAAGUGACUUCGAGGUGACGUUACUUCGUACACUCAUGGUAAUAAUGCUCGUACUUGUUGGAAUCGCACUUUAUUUACUCGUAACUACGAAAAGAAAACGCAAACCCGAUAUCGAAGACUCGAGGUCAUUUAAAUCUACCAAAGACAAUGUACCAAUAAUAACAUACUCAAGGCCCGAAACGCCAUCGUCUCCUCAAGGAUGUGAUAAUGAUUUCCCUCAAGUAUAUAACCAAUUAAAUAAAGACCAGCUUGUUUAAUUUUUAAGUUUAUACUAUCAUUUGUAAUAUUAUUCAAAAAUAAAGGAUAUUAAAAAAGAUAA